GUGUGAUGUUCCUUUAGAAUGUCGUGUGUCCAACAGGGUUAGUGCUACAUGUUCGACAUUAUAGAGAGCCCUGAGCUGCCCAAUCCCUCCUUGCCCAUCCUCUUCCUCCUCCACCGACACCCCUGUGACCCUAACAUACGCGGGCGCACAUGAAAUAAAGGUGUGGAGGACCGGUAUAAGGGGGUGUACACUCGACAUCUGGGGGUGCUCGUUGUGGAGAGUUGAGUGGGCCUGCACGAAAUAAUUUGUGAGAAUGCUUCUGAACCGGGACAUGCGGUGGAGAUAUCUAGACCUCUCUCUGAUUCUAUUUGAAAUUCUCCAAUGUAUAUAACGCUCUAAUUUCCAUCUUUUUUUAUUUUUCUGUGGCUUUUAUCAUCAACACGUCUAUUUCUGCUAAUCGCCCUGGGUGGAGGUGUGCUUAUCUAUCAACUGAAUUCGUAAUACACCAUCUCAAAGAAGCGCACACGAUAUGUCAUCCGCAUACAGAAGAUCUCUACUCACGCUACAAAGGCUUGCUCAAAGACAGUACACGACAGCAACGGCACACACUGUUGUCGAACCGGCAGUUGACGCUGUUUCGAAGAGCAGCAGUGCAAGCAGAUUUGGCGGUGCAGUUGGGGGGUUCCUAGCUGGAAUAAGCGUCACUUCGGGCGCUGUCUAUUUCUACUUGGUGAACCAGUACAACAACAGCAACGAGCUGGUUGUGAGAGACGUUCUGUCGCUGGCCAGAAGUGUCCGUAUCUUGGAGGAGCACGUCAGGGCACUGGAACAACAGGCUGGCACUACUCAGACUGUUGUAACGAAAUGAAGACAGGAGAGGGAGAGAGCUGAGAAGGGCGCGGGCUAACCGGUCUCGCCGUUCAUUAUUUAUACUAUUUUAUUCUUUAUAUAUUAGCAUUCAACAGAGCAAGGGUGAGGGUAUCGGUUUCAACAGCAACCCCAUCAUGUCUGUAGAAAUGGUUGAUCAGUUGGUUCCUCGUGUAUUGUGCUAUCAUCGCUUAGGGAUUACGUCAUCUGUAAUGGAGUGUUUUUCCAGUUCCACGCACAACCACAGAAACGGGAAAAGGAAGACCGUUUUUUCCCGGUUUAACUCCCCAAGAACAAAAAAAAAGCUCAAUGCCGCC